AUUUUUCUCAUUACUCUCUCAAGGUCCGCGUUUCGGUGCGGAUAUUUCAGUUCUUGGGUUCAGUGUGAGAAGCGUGUUGGAAAUGCGAAUGGGUUUCGGGUCUUUAGCUGCGGUGUGCUGGUGCGUUGUUGCAGUCUUUCGAAUCGGAGCAGUGAACGGUCAAGAAGCGGUACCCGUGGAAGAGAACAACUUUGAGAAGGAGCUGUGCAAGGAUCGAUCUCCUGCGGAAUGGUUCAGACUCGUGUCCUCCCAAGCUGGGGAUGAAUGUCGGAACGUCAUACAAUGCACUUCGUCGGGUUUGCAAGCCAUCCGUUGUCCUCCGGGUCUGUACUUCGACAUCGAAGCUCAGACCUGCAACUGGAAAGACCAGGUCAGCAACUGCAAUAAAAAGAACAAGGACAGGAAGGCCAAGCCGUUGUUGGCGACCGACGAGCCCUUGUGUCAGGAGGACUUUUUGGCUUGCGGGGACUCGACUUGCAUUCCGAGAAAGCAAUUCUGUGAUGGUACCGAACAGUGUUCCGACGGCUCGGACGAAGCCUCAUGCGACAUCAACAACGACCCGAACCGAGCCCCGGUGUGCAACCCGGAGAUCUGCACGAUCCCCGAGUGCUUCUGCUCGCUGGACGGCACGGCCGUGCCCGGGAACCUGGACCCACAGCGGAUCCCGCAAAUGGUCACGGUGACGUUCGACGACGCCAUCAACGUGGCCAACAUCGAGCUCUACAACGAGAUCUUCAACGGGCAGCGGGUGAACCCGAACGGAUGCGGGAUCCGGGGCACGUUUUUCGUGUCCCAGUUCAUCAUCGUCGCUUCCGGUUCCAUACUAUGCAGUCCAUAAUUUGCGGAUUAUUAUUUAACGCUCACACUUCUUUCCCCAGACACACGAACAACGAAACCUUUUGGUCGAAAGCAUCCAUCGACGACUGGGCCCGAGAAAUGGCCGGGUCUCGGAUCAUCAUUGAAAAAUUCGCCAAUAUCACUGACAACUCGGUCGUUGGCCUGAGAGCACCGUAUCUGCGAGUCGGCGGCAAUAAUCAGUUUACGAUGAUGGAGGAACAAGCGUUCCUGUACGACUCGACGGUGACGGCGCCGCUGACGAACCCGCCAUUGUGGCCCUACACGCUCUACUUCCGCAUGCCUCACGCCUGCUACGGCAACCUGCAAAACUGUCCCACCCGCAGCCACGCCGUGUGGGAAAUGGUCAUGAACGAGCUGGACAUGCGGGAGGACCCGACUUUCGACGAAUCCCUGCCAGGUUGUGCCAUGGUGGACUCGUGCUCCAAUUUGCUGACCGGUGACCAGUUCUACAACUUCCUCAACUACAAUUUUGAUCGGCACUACUUGACGAAUCGGGCUCCUUUCGGACUCUAUUUCCACUCGGCCUGGUUGAAGAAUAACCCAGAAUUCUUCGACGCUUUCCUUUACUGGAUCGACGAGGUCCUUUCCCAGCACAAGGACGUUUACUUUGUCACCAUGACACAGACUCCUGAUGCGAUCAAGAUCAGAAGCGAAAGUGCAGAUGGACGCUUGAGUGACGUGGCACUGAGCAGCGAUCCAGUGGAUCCAGAACCCGAGGACGACGGACGAGGCGCGGGCCUUCGAGCCGUGGAAGGAGAAGUGCAACGCGGAGCCCAGCAGCAGUGUUUGUGGCACCCCGAGAGCGUGUCCUCUGACGUCCAAGGAGAUUUCUGGGGAAACUCUCAGGCUCCACACAUGCGUCAAAUGCCCUGCCAAUUACCCCUGGCUUCUGGACCCCCUCGGGGAGGGCAGCUGCGUUUCGAUGAUGAUGAUGAUGAUGAUGAUGAUGAUAAUACGCUGAGUCAUACUAUUGAGUUCUGCUAUCUCCCACCUGAUCUCGAAAAGAAGAAUGCGGCGCAUCCUGGCUGA